AUGUAUGAACAUCUUGCUCUUUCAUUGUACUUUGGUUGUGACUUUGACGGUGCACUAGAUUGUAUAAGUAUUGCAAUAACUUGUUCAUUCAACAAACGUGGCACUCUGCUGGCAGUUGGCUGUAAUGAUGGAAGAAUUGUUAUUUGGGAUUUUCUCACCAGGGGGAUAGCCAAAGUGAUCACUGCUCACGUCCAUCCUGUCUGUUCUCUCAGCUGGAACCGUAAUGGUCAUAAACUUCUAAGUGCUUCCACAGACAAUAAUGUAUCAAUAUGGGAUGUGACGACUGGGGAGUGCGAGAAGUCCUACAGGUUCCCCUCCCCAAUUCUUAAAGUUCAGUUCCAUCCCAGAGACUGUAACAGAUUUCUUGUUUGCCCUCUGAAACAUGCAGUGGUUCUGGUCGACACAGAAAAGAAACACAAAAUUAUUCCACUGGACGACGAGUCUGAUUUGAACAUUGUGGCCUCCUUUGACAGAAGAGGGGAUCAUGUUUAUACAGGAAACGCCAAAGGAAGGGUUUUGGUAUUCAACGCCAGCACGUUAGAGAUUGAUGCCUCCUUCAGAGUAACCACGGGAACCAGUAAUACCACGGCUAUCAAGUCUAUAGAGUUUGCUAGGAGAGGGAAUUGUUUUCUGGUGAACUCAGCAGACAGAGUCAUACGUGUGUAUGAGAGUGGAGAGGUGCUAGCAUGUGGUAAAGAGGGAGAGCCAGAGCCCAUACAGAAGUUACAAGACUUAGUGAACAGAACACUGUGGAAGAAGUGUUGUUUCUCUGGGGAUGGGGAGUACAUAGUAGCCGGGUCUGCCAGACAACACUCUCUCUACAUCUGGGAGAAAAGUAUGGGAAACCUGGUGAAAAUCUUACAUGGAACUAAGGGGGAAAUGUUACUGGAUGUCGUUUGGCACCCAGUGCGGCCAAUUAUAGCCUCUAUAUCCAGUGGAGUGGUUUCCAUAUGGGCUCAAAAUCAAGUGGAAAACUGGAGCGCUUUUGCUCCUGACUUCAAGGAGCUGGAUGAGAAUGUGGAAUAUGAGGAAAGAGAAUCUGAGUUUGACCUGGAGGAUGAAGAUAAAGAGGUCCAGGAAACCAAAGGUGAGAGAUAG